CAGAAACAACAGCAGGAACAACUGGAGGACCGGGCUGACAAUGUAUCAGUAGGUGACUCUAAGCGUGCUUCGACAGUCAGUGAUUCCAGUGCUUCGACCACAAACACGGGUGCAACUCGACGACCAUCAUUAGCAGAAAUAAAGCGAACAGCAGAGGAGACAAAGGGCCGAGAACGACAGGAAACACCAUUCGAUUUUAACAGAUUCUUGGAGCAAAUGAGACGUCGGGGCGCUGUUCCUAUCACCCGUUACUUCAAAAGCUUUCUUCAAGCAUUUGACCGUCGUCCUUGGGCUGUUAAUGAACAGAUCAAGAUUAUCCAGGACUUUUUGGAUUUUAUCUAUGUCAAAAUGCGCGAAUGUGAAGUUUGGCGAAACGUCUCGGACCAAGAGUUUGAAAAUGCAAAGGAAGGCAUGGAAAAACUUGUGAUGAAUCGACUUUAUCAUGCCACGUUUUCUCCGAGCACGACAGAUGAUAAAGAGAGAGACGAGAUUCUUUCACAAAAGAUUAGCAUAUUCAGAUGGAUUCGUGAAGUUCAUCUCGACAUACCCGACACUACACACAAUGAAUCGUUUUUGACUUUUGCAGAGACAGAACUGUUAAAAAUCAACAAUUACAAGGCACCACGAGAUAAACUGAUUUGUAUCUUGAACUGCUGCAAGGUUAUCUUUGGGCUUAUCAAACAUGUUGAUGGCGAAGGGGGCGCUGACAAGUUCCUGCCUAUCCUAAUCUACGUUGUGCUUCGAGCAAAUCCACCACGCCUUGUAUCCAACGUUCAUUUGAAAAAAAAUAGAUACAUUUCACGCUUCAGGAAUCCUGAGCAUCUUCAAUCAGAAUCUGGUUAUUACCUCACAAAUUUGAUGGGAUCUAUCACAUUUAUUGAAACCAUGGAUGCAAACUCUCUAUCUAUCACCAAGGAAGAAUUUGAUGCGAACAUUGAGCGUACAAUGGCCGAGUUGAAACUAGAACGACCCAGUGUCUCCCAAGACAAACAAAAGAUAAACUAUGACAAUGCCGUUCAUCCAUCACGGUCACCACGAGCACAACCACAACCGCUGAUUGACCCUGUUAAGGCAGCAGCAUUGAUUGAAAAAGGGAGCACUUUUGCACAGAAAACCAUGCAAAAACCGCUCAAUUUUGUUGGCAAAAUAUUCCAAGGACUCAAUGAAGGGUCACCCGGUGGAAGCGAUGACGAACAUGCGCAGCGAUAUUACCAGCAACAACAAUAUGGGGAAGUCGACCCUUAUUACUAUCAGCAACAACAACAGCAGCAGCAACAACUACAGCUUGGUGGCCAACCCGGCCAAGUGUACGCGCAGCCAUACCAGCAGCAGCAGCAGCAGCAGCCAGGAGGCCAUCCCGAGAACAUACCACAAAUGCCGCCUCGACCUCUUCCACCACUUCCCGAUCCACGAGCUGCCGAAGCACGACGGGCGUUUGAUGAAAACUUGCAAUCGAUUAUCACAAUGUUUCCGAAUGUGGAGCCACAAGUAUGCUUCAUGAUUCUACAAGCGAACGAGGGGCAUGUCGGCCAAACGAUAGAUACGCUCCUGGAAAUGGCGGAUCCGCCAGGCAGCAGCAGCAGCACCGCCGCCAAGACGCCCGAGGACGAGUUUCCCGAUACCGAACGAACGCUCCAACUGUCAGCAGCGGAAGAGGACGAGCGUGUCAAUCGCGCAACACCUCCUGUGCCUGUCCCCAAGGACACACUAUCACCUAGUAGUGGAGAUCAGAAAGAACAGCAGCAAAACCGAGAAUAAAGCGUUGGGUUGCACACUUUGACAGUGAGAGAGAGAGUGUGUGUGUGUGCGUGUGGAAUAGAAUAGAAUAGAGAGAUUGUGGUUGUGGUUGUGUAACGUACGAGUGUUAGUAUCAGACAGUCGCAAAGGUGGUCCGCCCGCACCGUAAUCUUUACGGCAGUA